AUGCCAGGCAGCGACACGGCGCUGGCCGUGGACCGAACCUACUCGGACCCGGAGCGGCACCGGCGCCGCAAGACGCGGGUGGAGAGACAUGACAUGAACACCCUAAGCUUACCGCUCAGCAUUCGCCGGGGAGGCUCCGACACCAACCUCAACUUUGAUGUACCGGACGGGAUCCUGGAGUUCCACAAGGUCAAGCUCAGUGCAGACAGCCUGAAGCAGAAAAUCCUCAAGGUGACAGAGCAAAUCAAAGUGGAACAAACAGCUCGAGAUGGGAACGUGGCUGAGUACCUGAAGCUGGUGAACAGCGCGGACAAGCAGCAGGCAGGGCGCAUCAAGCAGGUCUUUGAGAAGAAGAACCAGAAAUCUGCACACUCCAUCGCCCAGCUCCAGAAGAAACUGGAACAGUACCACAGGAAGCUCAAGGAUAUCGAACAGAACGGAGCUUCCAGGGCUACCAAGGAGACUUCCAAAGAUAACCUUAAGGAUAUUCAGCAUGGAAAGCCUCGGGGCUCUGGGCACGGGCCAGAGAGCGGCAAGUCGGGCGUGCCAGGGGUCUCUCUGACACCACCUGUCUUUGUCUUCAGCAAGUCCAGGGAGUUUGCAAACCUAAUCCGAAACAAGUUUGGCAGUGCAGACAACAUUGCUCACCUCAAGAGCACCUUGGAUGAGUUUCGACCAGAAGCAGGUUCUAGGACCUAUGGGGGCAGUGCCACCAUUGUUGCCAAACCCAAGUACAUCAGCGAUGACGAAUGCUCCAGUGGGACCUCUGGCUCGGCAGACAGCAAUGGCAACACCUCCUUUGGUCCUGCUGGGGCAAGCACUCUGGGCAGCCAAGGAAAACUCUCCAUGAUUCUGGAGGAGCUGAGGGAAAUCAAGGAGACGCAGUCCCAGCUAGCUGACGAUAUUGAGAGUUUAAAAUCCCAGUUUAAAAGAGACUAUGGCUUUAUUUCCCAGAUGUUGCAAGAGGAGAGAUAUAGAUACGAGAGAUUGGAGGACCAGUUGAAUGACCUCACUGACCUUCAUCAGCACGAGACAGCAAACCUGAAGCAGGAGCUGGCCAGCAUAGAGGAGAAAGUUGCCUACCAGGCCUACGAGCGCUCACGAGACGUUCAGGAAGCCUUGGAAUCCUGCCAGACCCGGGUUUCCAAGCUGGAGCUCCAUCAGCAGGAGCAGCAGGCACAGCAGUCGGAGACAGUGAACGCCAAGGUGCUGCUGGGGAAAUGCAUCAACGUGGUGCUGGCCUUCAUGACUGUCAUCCUGGUCUGUGUGUCCACCCUUGCCAGGUUCAUUGCUCCCCUGAUGAGGAGUCGCUGCCAUAUCGUCUGCACUUUCUUCGCGGUGACGCUGCUGGCGAUCUUCUGUAAGAACUGGGAUCACAUCGUCUGUGCCCUCGAGAGGAUGAUCAUACCCAGAUGAAGCUGCUGGGUUGCCUGAUGAUUUAUUAGGGUUUUCUUUUCCUCCCCCUCCUUCUCCUUUUUUCUUGCCCUCCCUGUUUUGUAAGUGCUGUGUGUGUACCAAUCAUUCUUUGUCACUUUAAGUGUGCAGACUGGCUGGGGAAGGCCAGAAGGACUCUUGGACGUGGAGGUGUAAAUACCCAAAGGUGUGGGCAGCCAGCUGCCUGCCCAGCUUGCUGCUGUCCAAGGGGCUGUCUCUCCUGAUCAGCUGCUUGCUUCUGUCAGUCUCCUGCCUUAAAAUCCCACUGCACAAACCCACACCACAAAAGAUGAUGUGAUGCUCUGGGAGGGAUCCAAGCCACUGCAAGUGUCAGGUGUGCUUUUUGCUAGCCUGCAGUGCAAAGAGUGUGACCAGGAGGGAGUGGGCUAUGAUGGCUAUCAGCCCUGUGAAACUGAGACCAGUUUCUCUCUGAAUCCAGCUGGAAUGAUGUGCCAGAUUAGGUAGUCAUGGGUUAUUAGUUCUUGAUUCUAAAUUAAUGUCUUUCUAAAUAAGGGGGUUCUAGGUUUCAGGACCAGCACAACUUGAUGCUUCUGCUAGUAACCCUUUGCACAGAGUUUUUUGCUUGUAACUUAAAGCAGGGAGGACUGUUGAGUAGUUCACAUUUGGCAAGUACAGUACUGUGGUGUAAGACUUCCAAAUCUGAGCUGAAUUGCCUGACAAAGGUCUCCAGGCCACUAUGUAAAGGAGUCAAGAAGCAAGUAACCAGUGGGUAAGUUGUGAUGCAGACCAAAGCACUCACUUGCUUCAAGCCCUGCAACCUGGGACACUCUGCUGAGCCUUUGCCAGCACUGUUGGGGGGCUCUAACUGGAUGCAAAAGAGAUCUGGUGGGACUCUGGGUACAGUGGAGUUUGUUCUUGAGUCAGAUUAAGGACUGUGGAAGAAGCACAAGGGAACAGCUUUGGAGGGGAGCAGGGAGUUAAACUUCUGUAAAUAGGCAAACACUGUGCAGCCUCCUUUGAGAGACAUUCCUGGAAGUUCUCUGUUAGCUUACAGCCCCACUGCUGGGGGACAGCCUUGGUUUCCUUUCCUUACUGCAAGUUCUUUUGCUUGAUCUAAGAACUAUUGAAGAAAAAUUCCCUGCCACCUGCUUGGCUUUUCAGCCAUGAUGUAAAACAAGAUCUAUAAUAACAAUAAUAACUAAAGAACCCCACAAAACAGCACAAAAUAAAUCCACCCCACCCAGGACUCUUCUCCACUCUGCGUUAAAUGACAAGAUGAAGAGUGAAUACCAUUAGCUUUUGUGGCUUCAGGGCCUGAAGGAAGGAUGGAAUUAACUGCAUAAAGAAUGCUGCAGCAGCUCAGCAUUUAGAAAAUUCAGUUCAGAUGCUGUGAAAUUAAUUGAGGAUUUUUUUUAAUGUGCUACAUCUUGGAACAGAGACUUUGAGAGGGGACUGUGCUGGCUUGCAGGCACCAGGAAUGCAUCAGAUGAGGCACACCCAUGUCCUAACCUCAGCUUCAGGGGAAGGUGAAGGAGAAAGCAAAAGUCCUGCUGAGUGGGAUGUGACUUUAUGAAGCCCAAGCUGACCAACUGGUUUAUCCCUGGCUGUGUCAGGAAGCAGUUUUUCAUAGUUAUAUCCUUCUUCUCCUCAAUAUUUUGGGUUUUUUUUCCCCAUUUACUGCUGCAUUGCUGCUCCCUCCUGCAGAAGGAAAGCGGAGUGGUGUGAAACUUUGCUGUCAUCCCUGCUGCAGGUGCUGCUGCUGGGCUCACGGACACCUUCCUUCUCGCUUCUCUCAACCCAUUCUGGCACUCUGCAUUGCCACAGGCCUUCAGCCCCACCUUCCAAGUGCCUGCCCUUAGCCUUCUCUUACAGCCAGCUCCCAUCCUGAGGAGGUGGCUUGCACGAUGCAGCUAUAAACCAAUCUGCACAGGAAAGUUCCUCCCACAGCGUUAGGAAGAUCUCAGGAGCUCUUUCCUGGCUUUUUCACACCACAGGAAAGGGUUUGGGUUUAUGCCCUUUGGAUGUGUCCUGAGAUUCUCUUGGUCUUUCCCACUGUUUUCAUAGAAUUUGUUCCUAUCUUCAUUUUUUGUCAAAGGCUUAUAAUGUCUCUUAAUAUCUGUACUUUCCAUGUCCUUAGCCAGUGAGUCUGCUUCCACUCAGAGUCCUUCCUGAAGUCUCUUCCUGAAUUCCACCACCCAUUUUAUCAAUCAGCUUUAUGACUUUUCCCCUGCCCUGUCAUUUCCCUGGGCCACAAGAUCAUACACCCAUUAGGGAAAAACAAGAGCCCUGGCACUGUGGCUCUUCACAGUCUAUUCUUUGCCAUCUUUAUUGUCAUCUCCAUUCUUCUGUUCCAUUUGCACAGCUAUCUUCUGGUGGAGGAAGCAGUUUGCUUAGCACUUUGUUAAAUGGCUUCAGGAGGGUACAAGGAAACAAUACCUCGUGGUGGUCAUUUUAUGUAAGAAAAAUUCCUUUUGCCUCUUGCUUGGCCGUUGAUUUAAAGAUCUAAACCUCCCAGGAACUAAAAUGUAAUGCCAGGUAGUCUCAAGGGCAUGUAAGAAAAAGGUUAGGAGUUCUUCUUUAUCAUUAAGGUAUGACCUGGGGAGGUGAAGGCUGCUCCUGCUCCAAGAGCAUCCUCUUAAAUCCUGGAAGAUGACCUCAGUGCAAAAUGAGAGCAGGACAUAAAAUCAAUGGGCCUGUGAAAGAUUGCUGGCUGUCCUGAUGAAAUCUGACCAGGUCCAAAUUGGAAACAGAUGGGUCCUGUGCUUCCAUAUUGGAUUUCUAGCUGGCAGAGGAUGUGGAGCUGUAAAGGCUGCACAAUGUUACUCAUGCAAAUUAAAAUGACCCUAAUUGGUAAAUGGGCACAGCACUUCUCCAGGUUCUUUUCUCUGCCCUGGAUCUAAAUCGUUGGAGGAUGUGGCACAUGAAGAAAUUAACAACAGAAAGGAAGAUGUAAAGUGCAGAGAGCAGCUUUUGGGUGAAACAGCUGUUGGUGUGCACACAGCAAGGCUGCUGGGCCACAAGCUUAGCCAACUGCAAGGCCACCCAAGGAGGAGGGAGCUUUCCGCUCCUUCUCUCACCCUCAUUUCGUCUCUUGUGCUGAUGCUGGGGUGUGGUGCAGUCUCCUGCAUGCCAUCUUAGCUCACUAGGCUGGAGGAAAACCCUAGUGAGAGGUGGAUGGAGCUCCACAGCUAGAGGCUGAAGUGGCUGACGGAAGGGUCUCCGAGUGCAGAGCAGAGACAAACCAGGAACUGAGGCUGUUCCUGGCUGCGAGGAGGCUGCCCAAAGGGCAGUGCCAGGGACUCCAUGUACAGCAUCAGGGCAGAAAGGUUCCUCCUGGAAUUUGCCUGCAGGGCACAGAUAGAAACAGCAGCAGGCUGUGUUUGCACAGGUGCUGUGCCCACCCCAAGGGCAGGCUGUGGCACAGCCCUCAGGAUCAGCCUUGCUUCCUCACUUAGGCUAGGCUUGUAGCAGUGCCCAGCUCUGACCUGCUUGCUGUGGACGUGUGCCUGGGCUGCCCUGCAGCUCUCUGCAGAAGAACUUUGUGCAGCUGCUUUCUCUCAGGAUAUUGUUGGCUUUUAUCUUCUCAGCCAACACCUCAGACUCUCUUGGUGUACUCCUCACACCCGCUCAUCAGGAGCCUGUAGAGCACUCCCACUCAACCAGAAGCUGCCAGACAGUCUCCCUUCUGCUUGCUGCUGCCUGGUGCUUAGUGAUUUGGCUUCACUUCAAGGGUGGCUCUCCAGCUGAGAAGUCCUUCAGAUCAACACCUGCUCUGUAGGCUUGUGGCUGCGUUUUUUUCUGGGGCUUUAGUUAGCUCAGUUUCCCUGAUCUCUCCCAUUUCAGCAUUUGGGUCUAAAUUAGGUUUCCUCUAAAACCUCUGUAAUGGAUUCCUCCUGGCUUCAACUAUACCUCCAUGGUCAUUGAACAUCCCAUUGGUCACUAGCAGUACUGGAUGAGACCAAAUUUAAAUUCCUUCUCCUUACUGCUUUGAUUCUGUGUGUCUGCACAACUUCUCCUUGCACUGCACUCCUUUGGAGUCUCCUUGUUCUGAAUUCUUGGAGGGGCACUGUCCAGGAUGGCUGCUUUCCAGUUUAAUAUCCUAAUGCUUGUGCCAGGCAGUGCCUCUGGUGCAGGACUAUCACCUGUAGGUCUGAUUUCUGCACUGUGUGACAUUCUGCCUAUGACUUUGAUUGAACAAAUCAUGAGGGGGGAAUAGAAAUUCACUAGGAGGAGGCAACUUGCUGUAGGGAAGAUAUGUGAUCCACUGGCUACAAGUUGAAGCUACAUCAAUCCAGUGCAAGCAUUAGCUUCAGUUUUGCAAUUAGGGUUGCAAGCUAAUUAUUAGCUGCUGAACAACAUAAACAGGGAAGUUGAAUGCUGCUGUUCAGAGCAAUCAGUUCAGGGUUAUGCUUGAUACCAAGUCAACUGCACAGUCACAGGUAAUGCUUUCUAGAGUUAAAAUCGAUCAACAAGAGGUUGUUUGGAGAAAAGAACCCCCACAAAACAACCCCCAGAAGCCUGUGAUCCAUGGGGGUGGUAUGGAAACCAGGUCUGGAAAGCAAGCUCCUUUCCACUAUGAGGUAGAUGUUUUGCUUCUGGACUCAGUGGUACAACAGAAGGUAAACAGAGAUUAAUGUAAUUAAACACUGCAGUUUGGACAACAGAAUUAAAUCCGCCUAGGAACAGCAAGCAGGCAAAUUUAUUCUCUUAGUUCUUUUUUUUAAUCCAGCAAGUACUUAUCUGCUUUUUCCAUUUACCAUCAUGCCAGGAUGUGGCCUUCAAUCAAUUCAUUAACUACUUCUAUUGCUCCCCUUUAAAGUGCAAGAGAUGAUAAAAGCCUUGUGUUCAGUUCCAGUUUGAAUGAAUGGUCUCUUCAGGUGCUGAGUAGAAGCCAAGCAGACAGAGCCAGAUUUUAAUUAAUUAAUUACCUCCCCUUUAAAGUGCAAGAGAUGAUAAAAGCCUUGUGUUCAGUUCCAGUUUGAGUGAAUGGUCUCCUUGAUGCUGAGCAGAUUCCAGCAGACAGACCCAGCCAAUUUUACAUCAGUGAAACACUAAGAAAAGUUGAAUUUUUAAUUACCAGCAUUCUUGCUUUUCCCUGCAAAAGCAACCUGAGCUGCUGCUGUAUAUAAGGACUCCAUGAGGACAAGUCAGAGUCUCCUCCCCUGGGGGUUACUUGCUGUAUGUUUAGCCUGUGAAGUUGUGCUGUGGUUGGGAAGUUUUGCACAAAGCCACCUUUUGUUUGGGCCCAGGGCAGAUGGCUCUGGCAGUCUCCAGGUGUCCCAGAAGAAGUGUCCAGGUGCAAUGUCUCAGUGUGUGGUUCCCUGUGUCUCCCAGCCCUUCUGCUGGGGUGCAGCACUGUGGGAAGAUGCAAUGACGACGAUGUGGUUUUUGUAUAUUUUGUUGUGUACUCAUCACUGUCUCUGAG